CGGCACCUUCGGCAAUUUCCGUCAGGCCCUGGCCGCCAUUUUCUCGCCGCUUGUGUGUCUCGCUGGCUGCGUGGCUCGGUUCUUGUGAGCGAAGCUUUGUCCGGUUCGGCAAUGGACGGAAUUGUCACUGAGGUUGCAGUUGGCGUGAAGAGAGGAUCUGACGAACUACUCUCAGGCAGUGUUCUCAGUAGUCCAAACUCUAAUAUGAGCAGCAUGGUGGUUACAGCCAAUGGUAAUGAUAGCAAAAAAUUUAAAGGAGAAGAUAAAAUGGAUGGUGCUCCUUCUCGUGUACUUCAUAUUCGAAAAUUACCUGGUGAAGUGACAGAAACUGAAGUUAUUGCUUUAGGUUUGCCUUUUGGUAAGGUGACCAAUAUCCUUAUGCUGAAAGGAAAAAAUCAGGCAUUUUUGGAACUAGCAACAGAGGAAGCAGCUAUUACUAUGGUUAAUUACUAUUCUGCUGUGACACCUCAUCUCCGUAACCAACCAAUUUAUAUCCAGUACUCCAAUCACAAAGAACUAAAAACAGAUAAUACAUUAAACCAACGUGCUCAAGCAGUUCUUCAAGCUGUGACAGCUGUCCAGACAGCAAAUACACCUCUUAGUGGCACCACAGUUAGUGAGAGUGCAGUGACUCCAGCCCAGAGUCCAGUGCUUAGAAUAAUUAUUGACAAUAUGUACUACCCUGUAACACUUGAUGUUCUUCACCAAAUAUUUUCUAAGUUUGGUGCUGUAUUGAAGAUAAUCACAUUUACUAAAAAUAACCAGUUUCAAGCUCUUCUUCAGUAUGGUGAUCCAGUAAAUGCUCAACAAGCAAAACUAGCCCUAGAUGGUCAGAAUAUUUAUAAUGCUUGCUGUACCCUAAGGAUUGAUUUUUCCAAACUUGUGAAUUUGAAUGUAAAAUACAACAAUGAUAAAAGUAGGGAUUAUACUCGACCUGAUCUUCCAUCUGGGGAUGGACAGCCUGCAUUGGACCCAGCUAUUGCUGCAGCAUUUGCCAAGGAGACAUCCCUCUUAGGGCUUCCUGUUGCAGCUGUUCCAGGAGCUCUGAGUCCUUUGGCUAUUCCAAAUGCUGCUGCAGCAGCUGCUGCAGCUGCUGCUGGCCGAGUGGGUAUGCCUGGAGUCUCAGCUGGUGGCAAUACAGUCCUGUUGGUUAGCAAUUUAAAUGAAGAGAUGGUUACGCCCCAAAGUCUGUUUACCCUCUUCGGUGUUUAUGGAGAUGUGCAGCGUGUGAAGAUUUUGUACAAUAAGAAAGACAGUGCUCUGAUACAGAUGGCUGAUGGAAACCAAUCACAACUUGCCAUGAACCAUCUUAAUGGACAGAAAAUGUAUGGCAAAAUUAUUCGUGUUACUCUGUCUAAACAUCAGACUGUACAACUACCUCGAGAGGGACUUGAUGAUCAAGGGCUAACAAAGGAUUUUGGUAAUUCCCCAUUGCAUCGUUUUAAGAAACCUGGAUCCAAAAAUUUUCAGAACAUUUUUCCUCCUUCUGCAACCCUUCACCUAUCCAAUAUCCCUCCUUCAGUAGCAGAAGAGGAUCUACGAACACUGUUUGCUAACACUGGGGGCACUGUGAAAGCAUUUAAGUUUUUUCAAAGAGAUCACAAAAUGGCUCUUCUUCAGAUGGCAACAGUGGAAGAAGCUAUCCAGGCCUUGAUUGAUCUUCAUAAUUACAACCUUGGUGAAAACCAUCAUCUGAGAGUGUCUUUCUCUAAGUCAACAAUUUAAAAAGGGGGAGGUGAAGCUUGAGGGUGUAUCACAUUGUUUGGUGUCAUCACCUAUUGACUGUUCAGAAAAGUGGGGACCAGAGUUUGAUUUUUUUGUUGGUGUUUCCUUUUUUUUUUCCCCCAUGCUGUUAUCAUUCCUUGGUUAUAAAAAUGAAAUGGCAUACGUAAAGGCAGAGUUGUUAACUGCUGUAUUUCAUCUGUUCUAUAGGGAGGCCAUUUUUAUUGUCUGUUUAUGAUUUUAGUUUAAUUAUAGUUUAAUUAUACUUUCCUUUUUCAACUUAGUUGACAUACGUGCCUUAAAAAGGAAAACUAGUGUUGCUAUUGUGCAUUUACUAGGAAAAAGGAAUUGGUUGUCUAGGGCACAUUGUUAUAUGGGAAUUACAAUAUGUUUAGGCAGGGGUGUGUAAAAAGGUUAAGUUUUGUUUCUCCUGCUUGGAACUUAUUUUGAAUUAUUGGCUUGUCACAUUUCUUUCUAUUUAAUCAAAUAAGAUACAUGAUACUGAAAGAAUUAAAGCAGCAUUUUUUUUAGUUUUUAUUACCUUAGGCUUUAUUGCUUUAAAAAAACAUUGGCCUUUUGUAUCUCACAAUUCUGGUCUAGAUUCAGUUAUGAAUGUAGGCAUUAGUUAAAAUUAACAAGAUGCAGAGUAUUAAUUUCUUAAGACAACAAAGUGAUUUCUGUAAGUUUGAGCCCUAUGUGGAAAGCAUUGUGGAAUCUUAACCUUUUUGUACACACUCUUGUGGGACGUAUCAUAUAAAUGUCAGCACUAAGUAAUGUCUUGUUUGUGGCUGAAUAUUUUUCGUAGAUGUUUUUGAAGUUGACAUGACUUACGUGCAUUUAAAUAUAUAUUGCCAUCCUUAGUUUGUAAUUAAGAUUUGGAAUAUGGUUGUGGAUUUCUGAGCAUGUGCAGACUGGUCUAGCUAGUUCAGGAACUGGUGCAUGUAUUUUUCAAAGAUAAAGAAAGUGUACUGCGAAAAUUUGCAGGAAGAUUAAUUUUGUGGCAGUUUUCUAAAACUGACAACCAGGUGGGACCAAAGUUUAUGUGCCUUUAGUCUUAAUUUACCUUGCAUUGUAAUAUUCAGUUUUAAUAAAUCUUCAAAAUAUUUUGUAUUUAGGAAUAGAUCUGACUUUAAUAAAAACAUGGCUCAGAAUCUACAGGUCAAAUUAAUUUGAACAGUUCUUGUCAAUCUGAAUUGUUGAUUCUGUUUAAAUGACCAAUACUUUUUGAAAUUGAUGUACUUAGUUUCAAGAUUCAUAGAUUCUGUUAUCUAUGUAGACAGAAUGGUCAUGUAUAUUUUCUAUUAGUUGAGUUUUUACAUCUUUAGAAAUGUAAAAUUCAGUAUAGUUUGAAAGUGGCACAAUUAAAAAUUAAUUUUCUAACAAAGUUGGGAGGUUUGAUGGUUGUUUAAUUUCCUUUUGUGUGUACUCUGCUUACCUCUGUAGCAUGCUCAAUAAACACUUCUGUAGCUCUGUA